AUGGCCGACGACAACCAACAGAAACUAAAAAAAUCCUUAGAAUUACUUAUUACUGCUGUAUCGAAUGAGGUUAAAAGUCCCAAGAAUGAUUUGAAGACGAAAAUUCAAGCAGUUCUUGAUCAAAAUCUAUUUUCGUCGUCAACUCAAUGUCGAGGUUAUCUUUUACGUGCAGCAGAACCAUUCAUGAAUGGAGAUAAAGUUAAUUUGGCACAAGCAUUACAUGAUCUUCGAGGCCGACUGGCUCUACUCGAUGCGGCUCAAGCUGCCUACGAUGGAAACUUUUCGAUCGUGAAAACUUUCGUUGAAGCCUAUCCAAAUUUGAAAAAUGCAUCCGGUGUUUUCGGAACGACUCUCCUCUAUUCAUCAGCAAGGAACAAUCAUUUUGAUAUAGUUAAAUACCUUAUUGAAACAGCUGAUUGUUUAGUGAAUGGGGAAAAUGUUGAAUAUGUUACUGAUCAAGCAGCGGCGUCACCCAAAGCAACCGUUGGUUCCACGGCAUUACAUGCGGCAUGUUACAACGGACGGUUGGAUAUUGUGAAAUACCUCAUUCAACAUGGUGGUGACUAUUUCGCGCUGAAUAAUAUUCAUGAAACUCCAAUUGAGAAUGCACAGUAUCAAAAGAAUAUUCGAGAGUUUUUCUGCAGUUUUCUUCUCUAUUCAUAUUCGAAAGAAAUUACUCGUGCUCCAACGAAGACAGUUCUCGGUGAGAUUCGCAAGAUGAAAGAGUUGGUCGCCGAUUGCUUUUGGGAAUAUAAACCCGCUGUGGUUAACCAAUGGUUUUCAUUUGGUUCCGAUCACGCUGCGCAACUUCAGGAAUCUCUUAACGAACAGCAGUUCAGCAACAAUGUACUUUUGAGUGGAACAAGAGAUGCUCAUUGUGUUUCACUGAUACGGUUUGUACGUUUCAAACGUAGUGAUCCGGAUGAUGGAAACUUUGCUUGGGUUCGUUGUCGCGGGUCGUCUCUACUAAACUUUCAUUGCUAUGGUCAAUGGCAACUGAUGUUCAACCAACAUCCAACUGCUGUAACAAAUCUUUCAUCUCUAUCACAAAUCUUUCAGACAUCAUCGCCAGAUCCAAUACAACUCCAUUCAUGGUAUAACUUCGAUGAAGAAAACAAUUUUCUACUCGAAACGGCAGUGAACUAUCGACGAAAAUAUCUUAAUGUUACACUAGAUUUUCUCAAGAAGGAAAAACUCGUAUUCGAUUUAGAAAACUUUGCAUUUACCAACCAACAGAACACAAUUGCUGGAUUUCUUCGUUGGAUACCACGAAUCAUUGCUAAUGACAGCACGUUUACCAUACUUGAUAAUUUUCAAAUACCGAACAAUAGUGAUUGUUUACUUCUGACAACCACGCGUACGAAAACAAGCAAAAACAAAGGAGAUAACCCAGAAAUGGAACCCUAUCAAUUGAAGUACGAACGCGUCUUUAAAAAUGACGAAAUAGAUUUACUCGAAAAAAAGUCGUCAUCAUAUGACAAAGACCUCGGAACGUUACUUCACGUCACUCAAGACAGUUUAACAAAGUAUGACGCCGAUGUUAUUGUCGUUUGUACUUCAUCAAAAGCCCUCCUUGGCAAUAUUCUAAAAUUCCUCGGCAAAUCUGCCGAAGAAGCCUUUCUGAAAAAAGUGCAGGAAAGCAAAGACGAACUCAUCAUUAGCAUUCCUACCAAUAAAAAACUCCUAUCGAAGAUGGUUUAUUUUGCUCAAUGGCAAGCCAAUCCCGAUCCUCAGAUAAAUCGUGACUCGAUCGAAAAUCUUGUUGCAAAGGUGAUACAACAAGCUGACAAGGAUGGUUUUAAAAGCAUUGCCUUUCCGGCGAUCGGUUGUGAAGAACAAGGAUGUUCGAUAAGUGCCAGUGCUCAAAUAUUAAUUGAUGAAGUUGUUCGUUGGGUUCUCAAAUAUCCCAUUACAUUCACAUUUGUUAUUCUAAACAGAAGAAUGGAUAUCCAUGAAGAAUUUGAGAAACGAAUCAAUCGGUAUAAAAAACAGGGACAAAUUUCGAUUUCUGUAGGAAAAGGAACAAUAUUUGUCGAAAAAGGAAAUCUUACUAAGCAAAACGUUGAUGUCAUUAUUGGAAGCUCCUCCUCGGAAAACCUUCAAUACGCUUUAUUCAAAGCCGGCGGCGAUGAAGUAGAAACUACAUACCACAAAGAAGAUGCUGCUAAUCCAAAUUCUUUGAUUAUACCAACUCCGCCUGGUAAUUUACCAUGUAAACGCGUGUUUUUCCUUCGAUGGAAGCCUGAGAGUGAUCCCGAUGAACUCCGACAGUCAAUCAUUGACUUGAUUUGGAAUCUAAUUCAAAAUGUCAACUCGCAUCAUUUCAGCUCCAUCGCAUUUCCAGCCAUCGGCUGUGGUGAACAUGCGUGUUCAGUUGAUGUCGUAGUUAAAACAAUGGUGAGAGAAAUGAAAAAACAAAUUCUCACACGAAAAUUGCCGUGGACAGUGAAGUUCGUUAUCGAACCUAACCAGCAAACGAUUUAUGAUGAAUUUUGCCGACAUUUAUUAUCAUCCGAUGACAAUAAAAAACCGGAUGGAGAUUUUCAAGUACCUUCAACAUGGCAAAAAUCCAAUGAUCAUAAAAUUCGAUUUAUUGUGCCACCAAACAGUCCCGAAUAUAAAUCCAUUAUCAAUGAUUUUCUUUCACCGAUGACUCCAUACUGCAAAGAAAUCAUUCGCCUUGAACGUAUUCAAAACGAGCGAUGGUAUAUGCAGUAUCUUGCACAUGCGAGAGAUUUCCAGAAACGUUUGAAUGCGAAUACCGAAAAGCGUCUAUAUCACGGAUGUCCCGAAGUUGCUGCAGAUGCGAUCAUUGAAGAUUGCUUCAAUCGAAGUUUUGCAGGAGUGAACGGUAAGUUCGAACGUGCCUUUUAUUCUUCAGACAUGUUUCUUCCAUGCCUUCUUGCAGGAACAUCAUACGGUUAUGGAGUAUAUUUCUCUUCGAAUGUUAUCUACAGUCACGGAUAUACAAGAGCAAAUGCGAAUGGAGAACGAUGUAUGUUUGUUGCUCGUGUUCUUGUUGGCAAGUCAACAUUAGGAAAUAGUUCGAUGAAGACUCGACCGAUUGGGUUCGAUUCGACAACAGAUGGAAACCAUAUGACGGUUACCUACCACGAUGCUCAAGCUUAUGCAGAAUAUUUAAUCACAUAUAAAUAA